CCUCUCCCCCUCGCGCCCGCCACAUCACCGCCUCCUCUCUUCUUUCUCUUUCAAGCCUCUCUCUCAUACGCAGCCUCACGCAAUGGCGGCCCCAGCCCCCACCACUCCCCCAGCCAUGGACCCCGCAGCCUCGAUCGCGCUGAUCAAAUCCAACCUCGCCGAAGUGCUGAACCCCGAACUCAUCGACGACGUGAUCCUGACCCAAAAGCGCGCGCUGAAAGUGUACUGGGGCACUGCGACGACGGGACGCCCUCACUGCGCGUACUUCGUGCCGAUCAUCAAGAUCGCCGAGCUGCUCGCUGCGGGAUGCCAUGUUAAGAUUUUGUUGGCGGAUAUACAUGGGUACCUCGAUAACAUGAAGGCGCCUCUCGAGCUCGUGGAGUUCCGCGCUGCUUACUACUCGAGGUUGAUUAAGGCUUUACUUCGCGCGGUGGGCGUGGAUUUGAGUCUACUUGAGUUCGUGCUGGGGAGCUCGUACCAGCUGGGGAAGGAAUACACGAUGGACCGCUUUAAGUUGGAGGGUGUGACGCGGAUCAGCGUCGCUCAGAAGGCGGGAGCGGAGGUGGUGAAGCAGACUGACGACCCGACGCUGGGGGGAUUGAUUUACCCCUUAAUGCAGGCGCUUGAUGAGCAGUACCUUGACGUCGAUGCGCAGUUUGGUGGUGUGGAUCAGAGGAAGAUUUUCACCUUCGCCAUGGAGAAUCUCCCGCGUAUCGGGUAUAAAGUCCGCGCGCAUCUGAUGAAUACGAUGAUUCCCGGGCUGGGGGAGGCGGCGAAGAUGAGCGCCAGUGAUCCGGAUAGUAAGAUUGAUCUCCUGGAGGAUGAGAAGGGGGUAGAGAAGAAGCUGAAGAAGGCGGUGUGUGUGCCGAGGAAGGUGGAGGGGAAUGGGCUGGUUGCGUUUGUGGAACAUGUUAUCUUCCGCGCGGUGGCGUUGAAGAAUGGGGGGGUGGCGAAGUAUGUGGUGGAGAGGAGGGAGGGGGAGGCGUUGGUUUAUGAGGAUGUGGAGGCGUUGAAGAAGGAUUAUGAGGCCGAUAUUUUAACACCCCAACUCCUCAAAUCCUCCCUCACCACCGCCCUCAACGCUCUCCUCGACCCCAUCCGCGCCGAGUUCGCCGCCGACGCCGAAUGGCAAGAGAUCGAGGCAAAGGCCUAUCCCGUCGUCAAGGCUGAGAAGAUAAAGACGAAGGUUAAGAAGGAUAAGGGGGAUCCUGCUAAGCGCGCUGCUGCUGCUGCUGCGAGGAAGGGGGUGGUGGUUGUCCAGGGGGAUGGGAGCGUGGAGGCGGGGAUUGAGGGGGUUAAGGAGGAGGUUGUGUUGGGGACGGGGACGGGGACGGGGACGGGGGUGGAUGGGGUUGCGGAGAAGUUGGAGAGUGCUAAGGUGGAGUAG